AUGGAAUCUCGUAUUGAUUUUUCGCUUCUAGUUCCCAGGCUGGUAGCGAGAAAAAGGGGAUUUUGCGUCAUGUACCACUUGCUCUCAAUGAAUAAUGCUCCUAGUUGUACUAUAAUUUGCAUUUCCAUGUUUAGUAUCGUUUUCAGCUCCAUUUAUAUAUUUCAAUCACUGCAUUUCCAAACUCCAAGCGUAGGACGUUGCUCGCCCGAUUUCUAUGACAACAUUGGCUUCUACCCUCCUAUGAAUGCAACGUGCUUCCCUCAGGUCGAUGCUGUGUAUACCUGGGUGAAUGGCUCCGAUCCGGAGUGGUUUCAGGAGAUGCAGUACUACCGUUCUAUCUACAUGAGAUCCCACAACACAAACGAGAGUGAGAGAGACACUUCCAUCUCCAUGAACCGUUUCCGCGACAACGACGAGCUGAAAUACAGCAUCCGAUCCCUGGAGGCGAACGCUCCGUGGAUCCACCACAUCUACAUCGUGACCAACGGCCAAAUCCCCAGCUGGCUGGACCUUUCCAACCCCAAAAUCAGCGUCGUGUUCCACAAAGACAUCUUCCGCGUGCCCCACAGCCUCCCUACAUUCUCCUCCCCCGCCAUCGAGCUGAACCUCCACCACAUUCCCCACCUCUCCGACUACUUCAUCUACUUCAACGACGACGUCUUUCUCGGCCAGCCCGUCCACCUCUCCGACUUCAUCUCGCUCCAGCGCGGCCAGAAGCUCUUCGCCUCCUGGCUGGUCCCCGACUGCUCCGACCGCUGCCGCUACAACGACCUCGGCAACGGACAAUGCGACCCCGCCUGCAACACUCCCGCCUGCGGAUUCGACCUCGGCGACUGCGCCUCCCGCGACGCCCCUCCUCCCCGCGGGGGAGCCUCUCUCACCGCCAAUCGCGACCGCAUCGCGCAGCUGGUCCUCCCCGACGAGUCCUGCAGCCCCGACUGCAGCCCCGACUGGCUCGCCGACGGCCGCUGCGACGCGCCCUGCGACCGGCCCGCCUGCGCCUUCGACGCGGGCGACUGCCAGCCCCGCGGGGAAAAACCGGUUGCAGAGAACCGCGGGAAUGAUCUCGGAGCCGAUGGAGCCGACGGAGCGGAGGAGGUACUCGCGGUGAAACGCCCGGGGGAGUGGGUGUGCGUGGGCGAGGGGGGUUUCCCGCGGGGAUCGGGCGAUUCGGAGGCGGAAGAGUUUGUGCAGGAAGGAUGGGGCGUAACGCCCGAGUCGUUCUGCGUGACGCGGAUGGUCAUGACCGGGAGUUUCAUCCAGAUCGAUAUCGGGGAAAAAGUGGAAACGCGGAAGGUAGAGAGCGUGGUAGCGGUGGAAAACGGUUUUUUUUAUUUAUUGGGAGGGAAAUGA